UAAAGAUAUAUGUAAAAAAAUGUUUUGAGAAUUAAAGCGAUUAUUUAAUAAUUUUUAAUUCAUUUACUAUGUCUCUUAAUUAUGUAAGGAUUUACUAUGGACCCUAUGACGCAUUUCACACUGUCUCUCACAAACCGCAAAAACUGAGAGGACUCAGAGAUCACCUACACAAGCUGGGCUAUCGCGUGGACCUAGUCCCAGUCGAAUUCGUUAACUACUGUAUGCUGGAGAUGUGUGGCCAUGAGGUAUUUAGAUGCAACAUCCAGAACCUUUUAUUCAACACGCCAGCGGAACUAGACCCGGUUUGCAUGCGGGCUGUUGAGGCGGUGGUAGACGCUUCCGCCAAAUUUCUACGCGCUAGGAACUACCUUUGGUUCUGGUCCCUUAUAGACAACCAGCUGUUCAGGAGAAGCGAGUUCGCACCAAAAGACCAUUGGCCUUUCGAUGUGGACAAAGAUAGCUACGAUACGUGUAUGGAAUGCACCUACUGUUGCGGUAGUUUGAAGAAAAAUAAAAAUUGAUUUUUUUAAUAAAUAUUA